UAUUUUUUGAGAUUGAAGCGGCGUCGUUUGGUGUGGUGUAAGAGUAGAGUAGUGUUGACGCAAGCGUGACCCCGACAAAAGAAUGAGUGUGGACAGAGGUACGGAGAGAUAGGAGGAGGAGGACCGGGAGGAAAAACAGUACAGAGGAGCUCAAGACAUGGAGAUGCAAGAUCCGUCGAAACCGGAUCUUGGCCCGAACCCGAAACCCGAGAACAAGGCGUUCCGUUCUCAGACGACGAUGAUGAUGAUGUCGAAUCCAAGCCCGGCCUGCCCGGCUCGUGGAUCCUACCACCGGAGGUCCCAAUCGGAGGUCCAAUUCCGGAUUCCGGACGAUCUGGAUCUGCUUUCGGAUCCAUUUGACGGUCCUUCCGGUAGCUUCGAGGAGCUCGGAUCCGAGGACGAUUUGUUUUGUACGUAUAUGGACAUUGAGAAGUUCGGAUCCAAGCUCGAUGACGGACCCUCCGGCCACAAAAACGACAAUGCAAGCGGUGAUGGUGGAGGAGAAGAAGAGAAGCACGCGAGGCCGAGGCACCGGCAUAGCAAUUCGGUGGAUGGGUCUUCGUCGUUGGAUACGAUUGAGGCCAAGAAAGCCAUGGCUCCUGAUAAGCUUGCCGAAUUAUGGACCAUUGAUCCCAAGCGAGCUAAGAGGAUUUUGGCAAACAGGCAGUCUGCUGCCCGUUCUAAAGAGAGAAAGGCCCGUUACAUAACAGAGCUUGAAAGAAAAGUUCAGACCCUUCAAACAGAAGCAACAACUCUUUCUGCCCAACUGACUCUGUUCCAGAGGGAUACAACUGGUCUCAGUGGUGAAAACACAGACCUUAAGCUUCGACUACAAGCUAUGGAACAACAAGCUCAGUUGCGUGAUGCUCUAAAUGAAGCGUUGAAGAAAGAAGUUGAGAGGCUCAAGAUGGCCACAGGAGAGAUGAUGACACCCACUGAUACUUACAACUUUGGAAUGCAUCAUAUUCCUUACAACCAUUCUUCCUUCUUUUCAAAUCAGCCCCAAUCUGGGUCAGGUGACCCUCGUAACAUUCAAAUGCAACAGUUUAAUCAUUUCCAGUGUAAUGUGACCCCUACACAUCAGCCUAUGCAUGCCACACAUGCAUCCUCAGAGAUGUCGCAGCUUGAUCAUAUUGGCCGGAUGCAGGGGCUCGAUAUCAGCAGCAACGGCAGAGGCUCUCAUCUUGUGAAGCCCGAAGGGCCCUCCAUUUCCCCUAGCGAAAGCAGCAACAGAUUUUAAUACAAAUGCUGCUUGCCUUUCAUGAUCCCAUCAUAUUUGUUGGAUUGUUCAUAGACUGACCUUAUUUAUUGACCGUCCAAAGGUACAGUUUAGGAUUUUAUUUGAAUUUGAUUCUUUUAAUUGGUUGGGUUUUAACAUUUUUAGCUAGCUUGGUAGGUUUUAAGUUAUUCAUGGAGUUGUUUCUAUACAAUUGCAAUAUUCUUUUUUUCUUU